UUGUUUGGUAUGGUGGAGGUGGCGGGCUUUUCUUUUCUGUUUAUAUUUAUUAAGUUUGAGGUAUUUUUAAUACAAAUAAUGAAAACAAUAUUUUAAGUGAACUCUAAAGUUAAUAUUUAAAAUCAAUUAUUAGAGUUUUACAGUGCUUGAUUAUUAUCUUAUUAUUAAAAAGGCUUGAAAAUGUCGGAUUUUCCUGACCCCGAUGAAGAGUAUGAGCUUAUGUAUUCAGACGAGCUCGAAUUAAUGAAAGAAAAUGAAGACAAAACAGAUUCGAAUCCAAUUAAACAAAAGUCUCUACCAGCAAAACGAAGCUUAGAUUUUUCGUCUCAUAUAUCCAAAAACACGAAUCACCACGAAAAUAUUGAAUCAAACAAAAAAGACGAAGAUAUUAACUUGACACCUAGCUUGCAAAACAUGGAAGAUGUCUUGGCACAAACAAAUGUGCCCAGUAAAAGAACUGCUGAGGAUUUAUUUGGUGAUAUCAAUGAUAUAGACUUUGAUAACCUUGAACUACCAAGUAAAAGACAAAAGACAGAUGAGGAAAAUGAUUUUGAAUUAAUAAAUAAGAUUCUGGAAGGAAGACGACUUAAACAAUUGCUAACGGAGCCUGCAAGUGGUGGGAAUAUUAACACAAAAGCUAACUUUGAUGUCAAGGACAAUAUAUCAAUCAAUAUUCCAAAAUGGCCAUUUAUGCCGCUAACUAAUUCAGAUGGGGAUCGUAUUUACAUCAGACUGGAGUCUGAAGAUAAUUGGAAUAAAUCUUUGGAAAUGGACACAGAACAGUUGUCUUUAAGGGCUACUUACUCUUCUGCUUGGGAAGAGGCACAAAAAAUUUUAGAAAAAAAGGAGCAACAAACCUUAAAAGAAGAUAAUACACAGCCUAUUAUAGAUACAGCAGAGAACACAAGUUUGUGGGUAGAGAAGUACAGGCCUAGUUCAUACAUAGAUCUGUUGUCAGAGGAACCUGUCAAUAGAGCUUUGUUACAUUGGCUGCAUUUGUGGGAUAAGGUAGUAUUCAAAAAAGAAGUAAAAACUAAAGACCCCCAACAACGUACCACUUUCAGCAAACGCGCUGGACAAUUUCAACUAACCAAUAAGUGGAAAGGCAAAAAGGAAUCAGAACCCGAGUUAGAUGAUGAUGGAAGACCUCAUCAUAAAGUAGCACUGCUAUGUGGACCACCGGGUGUGGGGAAGACAACUUUGGCACACCUACUGGCGAGAUUGGCUGGUUACAGGCCAGUAGAGCUGAAUGCAUCAGAUGACAGAAGUACAGAGGCUUUUAGAUCAGCGCUGGUGAGUGCCACCUCCAUGAGGUCUGUCAUGGAUGUUGAUAGAAGACCAAAUUGUCUUAUACUAGAUGAGAUAGACGGUGCACCAACACAAACAGUGGAGCUGCUGGUGAAGUGGUGCACCACCACAGUAGCGGAGGGUGCCAAGAGGAAAGCCAAGACUCAGCCGCUGCGGAGACCUGUCAUAGCUAUAUGUAACGACUUGUAUGCCACUUCCUUGAGACCUUUGAGGCCAGUAGCUCUGACAGUGACAGUGGGCAGUGUGUCAUGUGCGAGGUUGGCAUCACGCCUAGCCGUGGUGGCAAGCUACGAGCGGCUGCGUGUGGAGACCAAAGUGCUGAGUGCGCUCGCGACACGAGCUGCAGGUGACAUACGCACCGCCUUACAUGUACUCAACUUCCUCAGAGCUAAGACUAAGUUAACAAUAAGUGACAUAGAGAAUGUAGCAAUUGGCACAAAGGAUACAAGCAAGAGUAUCAUGCAGGCGCUGCAAGCUGUCUUCACACUGGAUGAUACCAAACCUGAAGCCUUCCACAGGAUCAUACAGGCUGCUGGAGAAUAUGAUAGAUUAGUGGACGGUAUAUUUGAGAACUACAUAACAGCUAGAGUUGACACCCGUCUCCACAUUGCAUCGGAGACGAUGAGCUGGCUGGGUUUCUAUGACACCGUACAGGCAUGGACAAUGCGGUGUCAAAAUUACUCUCUCUAUGGUACAUUGCCACUGUGCAUCGCGCGGUGUCAUAGACUGCUCGCUACAAGAACGUAUCAUAAGUUGAAGUUCCCUAUGCAAGCUCAGGAGAUGUAUCGUAAGAAAGCAGAAUUGGAUAGUAUAUUGGUGUCAGUAUGGCGCGGCAGUGGACCUCAUGUGGUCACAAAUAGAGAUGCAUUGAAACUGGAUGUCUUACCACUCUUACCUUAUCUACUGACGCCUACAUUACGAUCUGCUAAUAUACAGUUGUGCAGUGAGAGUGAACGUAGCACAGUGCGGACAUGCGCAGGCGCACUCUGCGACUACGGCCUGAGGUACGUGCAGCAGCGCGCGUCUGACGGACUGUACACCUACCAGCUGGAACCUGAUGUAUAUAAGAUCGCUUUUAUGGGUACGGAGGAAAGAAUCAGACCUCAACCGGUGAUAAGACAAGCCAUAGCCAGAGAACAACAACUUGAAAUCAUCAGGAGAAACGAAGAGAUGGCCGCAAGAGUAAAUCCAAGGAAAAGUAAUGAAAAUAUUAAGAAAAUGGAAGAAAAAGUAGCAAAUGUAGCAGAGAAGGAGACACGACUACCAAAUCACUUGCAGCGGUUGAAACCAAAAACUAUAGAAAAACGUACGCCUCAGGUACAUAAAGAUUUCUUUGGAAGAAUUGUACCGAUGGCACAGGUACAGCGACAAGAAGCGUUACCUGACGUGAUAUCAUCCAGUGGUGUAUUCUACCAGUAUAGGGAGGGAUUCAACAACGCCGUGAGAAGGAAUGUACGCUUCAGAGAUUUACUUUAAAACCUCUUCAGUUCUGCAUAUAUAAGUUUGAAAACUAAUUCAAUAAAAUUGAGAGUUUGUAACAUAUUUAUAUAUUGUUGUAUAAGAUUUUUAAAUUAUAAUGUAAAUUAUAGAUUAAACAAAAAUUAAUUUGAAAUACAGUUGAACAUGAAUUAGCGAGACACUUCUAAAAGCGCCAGUUAUGGUCGUCCCAAGGGACGACCUUCAUAAGCGAGAAAAUUCUACAAGCAAGAAAAAUAUCGCGAUAUUGAACUCUCCCUUAUCCUGGUUUGACUGUAUGUGAACGCAAUAAAUAGUACAAGUAAGAGAAAAGUAUCCAUCUUUAGAGAUAAAUCUGUUUAUUUGCAGUAUGUUUCUAACAUAUCUUAACCUUUUGUGUGGUCGUGGUAUUUCACCGGGCGAGGCGGGCCGAUUCGUGCGAAGAUGUUAAAGCGGGCUCUACCACUGUUAAAACUACUAUUUUACGCUAAGUCUUAAGUAAUCUUUUAGUAUACAGGUGUUUAAUACCCCAUUUGUAAUUAUAAAACCAGAUGUAAGAAGUUAAAUGUGUUCAAACAAACUUUUGUCAUAAAUACAUCAGUCUUAAUAUUUACGAGUUUAGUUUGCGACAAACAAAUGAUUAACUGCCCAACUUAUUCUCCGUGUUUCUUCUCAUGAACUGAUGGCAUUUCUGAU